AUGGGUACUUUAAAAAAUUCUGGUUGCCCAACGCAGACAUAUCAAAUUGCGAUCUGCCAAAAUAUGGCGAGAAAACAAGGAAUAAUUCAGGGCAUGCUUACUAAUGAAAUGAUUCGUAUGUUUGAUUAUUGCAAUAAUGAAUUAGAUUUUCGUAACAUUGACUAUUUGGCUUGCACGGAAAUCAGAGCAGCCAACUUAGCUCAUUGCUCGCUUUUGAGCGCCGUGAUGCAAGGUGAUACUUCGCUGUUUAACAUUAAACAGGCGCAUCAGAAUUGUGUUAAAACCAAAGCUUUGGCUUCCGUUUUGUCUGUGCGUAAUGUAUCACGUCAAGCUGUCACUGAAGCAAUGGAAAGAGUCUUCCAUAGAUGUUAUAAUGAUUUGGAAUCUAUUGGGCGUAAUUCUCCAGACAAGCAUACAGCUUACAUGGAAGGACCUAUAUAGGGUGAUAAUGUUCAUUAA